GUCGGCCAAUCCGCAGCUGCAGCAGGAGGAAGUCCCGACCACAGCCUCCUGAACCGGAGCGCGCCCGAAGAAGAACCGUGCGAACCCGUCCUUGCUCCGCGUCCGAGCUCCGCAGCUCCCGCAGCAGCAACAUGGAUACGGAGUUGUUUAUGGAGUGCGAGGAGGAGGAGCUGGAGCCAUGGCAACAGGUGGACGACAAUGUGGAGGAAGAUGACAUGGACUUCUUCGACAGCUACUGCGAGCCAGUGGAGGACUCUAUGUCUCCUCUUCCAGCAUCUGAGACUCCGCCCCCCAGGACUCCUCCACCUGUCACACCUCCAACAGCUUCACCUCCUGUUCAGAUCGUCUGCUCCUCUGUGAGGCCUGCUCCUCCUACUUCCUCCGUCAUCACCUCCUCUUCCUCUGUCUCACACCUCCCCGCCUCCUCCACGCCUGCAGCAGCUCAGACCCUGAUGGCUCAGACCCAUCAGGGGCCCCUCUUCCUGACGCAGACGCCAGGUGGGACGUUUCUCCUCCCAGCAGCCCCCGGGACACACAACGCCCAGCCCAUCCUCCUCACCACACAGGGUUUCCCGAUGAUGAACCACGGCACCCCUCUGGUGUUGAACCUGCAGCCGGGGCAGACGGUCCAGCCACUCACCUUGAUCCAGUCCCCGUCGUUGGGUCAGUUGGUGCGGCCCAGCGUAGGCGUGUCUCCAGUCCUCCCUCAAGGCCAGGCAAUCCAGACCAGACCAGGCCCCGCCCCCUCCAGAGGCCCCACCCAGCCUGGCUCCACCUUCACCACCAUGCAGCUGCCCGCCACGCUGACCAUCCGCACCAGCACGCCAGGACCUGUUAACCUUCAGAUGACCCAGGUGGGCGGAGCCAGCUCCCUGAAGGUGGGAGGUUCCCCCGCCCUUCCCUCUGGCUCGGCCAAUGGAGUCACCAGAAUCACGUUCAGCCGCGGUACGGGCAGAGCAGUUAUUGAUACUGCAGCUCCUGGCCCCGCCCCCUCUGUCGUCACCACCCCAGGUGUGACAUCAUCAGCGCCGACAUCCGACCCCACCAGAGUGGUGAUGAGUGUGGAGGAGUUUUACUACGGAACUUAUGAGGGUGACUUGAGUCUGAGGAAACCUCAACCACUGGGGAUCAAGACCUGCACUUUCACCUGCCAGAGCUGCUCACACCUGGCCGAGAACAACCUGAGGUUGAUGCAGCACAUGCUCCAGCACUCAGAGCUGAUUGGAGCACGAGGAGCAGGUGAUGAGAGGACGUGCUGCAGGUUCUGUUACCGACAGUUCUCGUCUCGCAGUCAGCUCCAGAGCCACCAGGAGCAGGUGCAUGGCCCCACCCUCUCCUCCAGUAUGUGUCGUAUUUGUGAGUGGGCGUUUGAGAACGAGCCGGCCUUCUUGAACCACAUGAAGUCCAACCACAAACCAGGAGAGAUGCCCUACGUCUGCCAGGUGUGUUCAUUUCGCUCGUCCUUCUACUCAGACGUAGUGCAGCACUUCGCCAGCUUUCACAGAGAGUCUCGCUUCCUUUUGUGUGUUUUCUGCCUGAAAGUGACCAGAAACCCCACCAGCUACCAGCAGCACCUGCUGAAACACCAGGUCAACCAGGCCUUCCACUGUAACAGGUGUCGUCUUCAGUUCGUCUUCCUGAAGGACAAAAUGCAGCACAAACUGGAAAACCACCGCAGCUUCCGGCGACCUGCGAGGCUCGACGGACUGCCACCAGGGUCAAAGGUGACGAUCAGGACUUACGGGAAGAUCAGGUCUCUGGGAUCAGGAGGUAGCCGACCUUUCCAGAGCCCCGCCUCCCUCAUCCAGCCAAUCAACAUCAAGACAGAGAAGUCUCCGACCCAGAGGAGCCCUCCCUUCCAGAAAUCACCUCGAUCACCAACCAAGAAACCGGUCAGCCGCAGAGUCCACAACAGGUCUUCCUCAUAUGAUGGAGACCGGUUGGUGUGUUUGGAGUGUGGAACCGACGCCUCCGACUUCUCGGCUCACUACCCAACUCACGUGACCUGUCUGCUGUGUCCCUACAGCAGCUGCUGCUCCAGGGCCUACGCUACCCACAUGAUCCAUCACCACGUGCCGCCAUCCAAAGACAAAGUUCUUCCUCUGCACCGACUGCCUCCUCCAUGUGUGUUCCUGCUGCAGUGCUCUGACUGUGACUAUAAGCCUCACACUGCAGAUCAGAUGGCUGACCACCUGCUGAUGAACCCAGAUCACUACAGGGCCACCUGUCGAACCAGGACCUACAUUGAACCUGACAUCCAGUUCUGCCACAGUGAAGAUCAGCGCUCAGGAGAGAGGGAAACAGCCCAGAACAAGGACUUGCCUGAUCCAUCCUGGAGGUUAGCAGAGUGUUGGAAAAAUCCAUCAGAGAGCAACAGCUCCAAGUCCCCCAUCAUGUCGUUCACACAGACCAGUGGGCCUCGUCACUUCCUGUCCAAGAACACGGACGCCAUCGACUUCUUUAACCUGCUCUUUCCUUCAGCACUCGUAGAGCUGAUCACCAACGAGACCAACACCCAUGUCAAGACCUCUCAGUUCCUGGGCGCCUGCUACCCAGACUGGGUCCCUGUCACAACCCAUGAGAUCAAAGGUUUCAUCGGCCUGGUCAUUCUGAUGGGGAUCCAGAAUCUUCCUGACCUUUCACAUUACUGGUCCUGGAAUCACUACGACAACAGCUAUACCUUCUACCGCGCCAUGAGCUUCAAACGCUUCAAGCAGAUUGCUGCCAGUAUCCGCAUGGGCAGCUUCGCCACAGAUGAGUAUCGUGGCAUCAGUAACCCCAGUGACCCGCUGCACAUCUUCAGGCAGAUGCUGGAUAUUCUGGGUGGAGCUAUGUGGGACGCCUACAAGCCGAAUUGCUGCCUGAGCAUCGACAGAGCGCUGCUGCCCAGCUUGGAGGAGGAGCGCUGCAAUGCCAAAGGGAAUCCAAAGACCCAACCUCAGGUGUGGCUGCUCUGUGAUUCCAAGUCCGGCUACUGCCACCGCUUCUUCAUCCAGGUGGGGGAGAAGGUGGGCCAGGAGCCGGGCUUCACUGUGGUGCCGGAGCUGGUGAAGGAUCUGGAGGACAAACACCACCAACUUUACCUAGCUAAUUCACUUACGUCUGUCCCACUCAUGCAGAAGCUUCUGGACCAGGGCAUCUAUGCCUCCAGCUCCUUCCCUCCACGUAAUUCCAUCCUGCCCAAAGAGCUGUGGGAGGAGGGCCAGCUUGAGAAACCUGGGGACUUCCUGCAGAGACAGUUUGGCCCCCUGCUGGCCACUCGCUGGAGGGACACCAAAGAAAUGGGCUGCCUGUCAACUAAUGCAGCUCCAGGUGAACAGGACACUGUUUGGAGGAGGUCUCAGACCAAAGCGGGUGAACUGGACCCCAUUGCCCGCCCCAUAGCCUUCAGCCUCCUGCAGGAGAACAUGCGAGGGGUUGACAUCUGCAAACAGUUGCUAGCCUGCAACCCUCUGGGAGGAAUCCCUCAGGACCGACACUGGCGCAGCCUCUUUUGGUUUCUGGUCAACCUGAGCAUUGUCAACGCCUUCAUCGUGCUGCGGGAGAGCCGCAAAGAGAACCCACCGGCCUGGGUGCAAGACGGCCUUUUUACUCAAGUUAACUUCAGAAAGCGAUUGGGAAACCAGCUCGCCAAAUGUGCUCAGAAAUACUUUGAGACCAUGGAGAUUGCCAGCUCGCGCGGGAUGAGGGUGGAGGCACCAGAGGAAAAGGUUAAAGAAAGACACAGGAUGGUGAAGCUUAGCGCCAUCUCCAAGAGGUGCAAGAACUGCAACUUGAAGAACAUCCGCCAUGAGAGUGUGUACGGCUGCGUCAUCUGUCAAGCAAACCUGUGCAAUCAGUCCAACUGCUUCUGGGAAUAUCACGGCCUGUCACCUGUAAACAAAGGAUCAGCAAAGGUUGGAUUUAUCAAGGACAAAAUAAGUGGAGCAAUCGAGGUGAGGGAGGUGGUGAAGGACAAAAUGGACGAUGCGAUGGCCCCUGUGGAGGACCUGGACUUUGAUGACGAGAGAUUCGAUGAUGACGAUGACAUUGAUGAAGAAACUGAAGAUGAUAAAAAAGAAUUUAUCAAAGAAGUAAAACAUCCUAUGUCUAACCUGAUAUCAACAACUAACAGCCAUGCCCAAUCAUCUACCAUCUCGUCUGCCUCUAAAGAGCGUGAUGAUUUCCUCACCGCCCGUCAGCUCAGGAUCGCCCUGUUCGCUUUGUGUGAUGGACUCCGGCAAGCAUCGAGGGUCUUUUCAACCGAAACGCAGCUCAUCCACUCCUGGUUGAAGGAGGCAAGGAAGCGUUUAAAGCAAACUGAACAGGAGCAGAAGGUGGAUGCCAACGGCGGCGACCGUAUGGUGGCCUGGGUGCUGUCCAUGCGUGAGCAGCAGCUUCCAAUCACUGAAAGCAACCUCUUCCACAAAGCCUCCACGCUGAAGAAGAAGGGAGGUUUCAGUGACUCAUUCCGUAUUUCCUACGACUGGGCAGUGAGCUUCAUGCUGCAGCAUCGGCUAGGUGUACGGAGCAUUGGCAGGGAGGCCACGCUGGCACGCACUCUGCCGCUUUCCCUGGAGGCUAAGAUCAAGACCUUUAGGGAAUUCACCAAGAAGAUCAUCCAGGUCAACAAGCUGUCAGAAAACACUGUAGCUGUGAUGGAUGAGUUGUGUCUCUUUGUUGAUUUGAGGCUAGUUCAGGACAAGUCUCGCUGCUCUGAGGCCCUGGAACUCACUGGGUCUGUACCUCUGGUCACUGUUUAUCUGACAGCGCUGGCAGAUGGUACCAUGUUGCCGUCCCUGGUGGUGGCAAACAGGCAAUUGUCUGAAAAAGCGCUGCCCGAGUUCAUCCUGCUUGAGGCGGGCCCAGAGACUCUGUUAGUAGAAGAAGCCUUGGAGGUCUGGACUAACAAGGUUUGGCUACAGCAUGUUACUAGCUCAAUUCAGCCCAGUAAAUCAAUGCUGGUCCUGGACCGACACCGGGAACACAUGGGAGAUUCAUUCCUCACCACCAUCAGCGGAUCGGGUACCCUUCCAGCGGUGAUUCCUGGAGGCUGCUCCUUCCAUCUUCAGCCCCUGGAGAUGUGCAUGAAGCCAGUCCUCCAGCGCUUUCUGCUGUCACGCUGGGCAGAGUUUGCGGCUGGAAACCCGAAGGAGUUAGAGGAGACGUCUCCCCACCAGCUUCAAGCAAAUGUCGCCCAGCUACUGGUGGACUGGUCAGUCGAAGCCCUGACACACCUGAACAAACUCCCACAGCUUUGGAAGAAGUCGUUUGAAUUGACGGGUCUUCUGUCAGGGCAGAAAGAGGAGGACAAGGAGGGGGAGGGAGAGGAGGACAAGACAAUGAAUCAGAAACCAGAGGAGAUUCAGUUGGACCUCCUCAAGACCCUGACAGAGACCCUUCUAGGGACUGAAGCUUUUGGGGUAUAUUCUCCUGAGCUGAUGGAGCUACAAGACAAAGAGGAAUCCGAGGAGGAACAAGAGCAAGGAGAAGGGCCGGAGACCUCAGAGGAGAAACAGGAGGACAAAGAAGAAGAAGGGAAGGAGGUUGAAGAGGGGACGGAGAACGGGAAGGAGUUAGAGGAGGAAGGGAAGGAAACAAAGAAAGAGGGUCGGCCGGAGGAGGAAGGGAAGGAAACAAAGGAAAAAGGUCGGCCAGAGGAGGAAGGGAAGGAAACAAAUCAAGAGGGUCAGCCAGGGGAAACAGUAGAGGAAGGGAAAGACUCAAUCAAAGGUGUGGAAGACAGGAAGGAGACAGAGAACAAGAAAAAGGAGACUAAGAAACUAGAGAACAGUGUGGAGGAAGGAAAGGAGACAGAGGAGGACAGGAAAGAGGAUGUUCAAAAACUAGAGGAGGACAGCGAGGAGGAAGGAAAGGAGACAGAGGAGGAUAGGAAGGAGGUGAGCAAGGAGAGACGAGAGACCAGGAUAGUGAUAGGAGAGGAAGUUGGUGAUGAGUGGAAGAUAACAGUAAAGAGCAGGACUGAAGGCGUAGAGGCCGACAGAGAGGAGGACGACAGGAUGGACGAAAGCUGAACAGGAGAUGAAGACAUGGAUAAAGAUCCGUGGACUGGGAACACCUGACCGAGUUGUCCCCGACAGGUGUCUGGUGGAACGUUUACCACCGGAUAUUCUCCCUGUAAUUUACUGAAACCAGGAAGAAGAGGUGGAGUCAAAGUCGAGCUAAGAUGGGACCAGCAAGGAGCAACCAGCCCGGCUGAGGGUGAAAAACUAUAACACCUUUCCCCUGCCAACAUACCUGUCUUGGUGAACACUUAAAGCUCCAGGUGUGCUGUUGAGUUUUCCCCAGUUUUGACAGUUUGUGUUUAAAUACAGACCCAAAUAAGUUGUACUAUAUAAUCCAGUUCAGAAGUGAAACUAUGGACAUCCACUUCAAUACAGCAGCAUCUAGUGGACAUUAGAGGAACUGCUGCUGUGUUGGUUGCUGAUUGUUUGGGACUUUUAUCAUGUUGAGCUGUCGUUGGGUUUUCCUGAUUUUCCAGACAAAGCCAUGAACGCACCACAUUUAUAGGUUUAACCCUGAUUUGGUCACAACAGCCGAUUUUUGCAGUCAACAAGUGUUUUGUUAUGUUUUCAAGUUUUUGUUCAGUCGAACAUGUUUUAUUUUUAAAAAUGAAAGCUCGACAAAAGCUGUAGAUUUCAUGAUUUUAUAAGUCUUGUUGCGUGAUCAUGACUCACAACGUUGUCAACCUACAAGUUUAGAGAUUGGCUCCAGACCAGCCAGUCAGCUAAUAUUCAUAUGGAGUUAUGAAUGAAGCUAAUUAGAGAUGCAGCAUCCAGUUACAAAGAACAUCUUCUCCAGGGCUUCCCACACAUUCAUUUCUUUAUGGCGGUCCGCCACUAUGAAAACAUCUGCUGCCACUAAUAGAUGUUCUAUUUUUGGAGCUGGACCUUUCAUUAGGAGCACUAUUGGAAUAUAUAAAAUGUUCAGUUAUGUGUGGCCCCGCACUGUUGGAGCGCAGAGCACACUUGUGGCAGAGACGGAGCAGCAGAACGUCAGUGAGUGAUGAGUGUGGUGAGUGAUUCUUGGAACCCAUCGGCUGUAUUCGGCGUCUGACUUCUGGCAGACGGCGAUACAGCCUCUGGGGGCAGACCCCCGAUUUUUUGGCAUUCCGGUUUGAUUUGGGUGGAGGAGGCAAAUUUCCGUUUCCAACUUCCGUUUAUAUAUAAGUAAACCAUUGCGAUGGAUUCAGAGUUUGCAGUGACAACAAUUAUGUUCCGCCUCGUUAGUUCACCAGACGGACCGUUUAACCUGGCAACAACUGCAGCCGGCUCAAACGCGAUUGGUCAAUAUCACGCGGACUACAAACAGCCUACAACCGGAAACCAGGGCUCUUCCGCUCUUCUUCCGGAGGCAAGAUCUCCAGGGUUUGCCUACAGGCUCUACAUUCACUGAAUGUAGAGUCUGUAUAUAGAGAGUACUUAAGCGUUCACUCUGCCCGGUCUAAAGGUUUGAAUCUGCAGCAGCCACUUCCAAGCAGAAGAGAGAAGAUAAUUUUAUCUUGUCGCCUUACAAUGCAGAGCCUCUCUUUCUCUGUGCCGCUGCAUCACAUCCGCAGUUGCCUGUCCCAAAGGGUAACAUUAAUGUCGAGAGCGCUCACUCUGCAGCAAAAUGCGAGGACCAAAACGCCCCCCAAGGUACACUGCACAGCACUCGGACUAGAAAAAAACGACUGCUGGACUUGAAGCAAUCUCAGUCAACUGAUGAUUCGAAUUUCUGACUUUUAAGGGGCAGCCCUAAAAAAAAUAUUUAUUCAUACACCGAUCAGCCAAAACAUUAAAACCACUGACAGGUGACGUGAACAACAUUGAUCAUCUUGUUACAAUACAAUGUUCUGUUGGGAAAACUUAAGGUUCUGGCUUUCAUGUGGUUCCACCAGACAUGCUCCACCCACCUAAACACCAGUGCAGACCAGGUACCUCCCCUUUAUGGCAGCGGCACUCCUCAGUAGCUGUGGCUCCCAAGCAGGACGAUGUAACAUGCUACACAAACAAAACGGCUCUCAAACAUCUGUGGGAUGUGCUGGUACCCCACCUCACAACCCACAGGACCCAAAAGCAUUGGUGUCAGACACUGUAGGACACCCUCCAGAGAUCCUGUGUCCAUGCUUUGACAAGUCAGAGCCAAGUCCGGUCCAAGGAGGACCCACCGUGGAUCAGGGAUACCUCUCGGGUACCAGCACGUCCCUCAAAUGUUCAUUCACAUUGAGAUCUGGGGUAUUUGGAGGCCAGGUCGAUGCCUUGAGCUCUUUGUCCCAUUCCUUGGGUCAUUCCUGAGCAGUUUUUGUGGUGUGGCAUGGUGCAUUGUCCUGCUGGUGGGGGGACACUGCCAUUGACAAGUGCCAUUGCCAUAAAGGGGUUUACUUGGUCUGCAAUGAUGGUCGGGUGGGUGGAGCGCAUCAAGUAGCAUUUACAUGAAUGCCAGGACCCAAGGUUUCCCAGCAGAAUAUUGCACUGUAACAAGAUGAUCAAUGUUAUUCAAGCAAGUAAUAAUGGACAGUAGACUACAUGAGUGUUCACUGUGGUUUGCUACGUAGACAGAGGGGGCAGCUCGAUCUUACUGAAUCAUGAGAAAGCAAUUUUUUGUUUAAUAUUGAAAUCAUCAGCUGCAAUAGAAGAAUCUGGGGAUCUUAAAUUGUCAAGAGUUUAAGUACUCAUAUGUAAUAUUUGUGCACAGUGCUCACUAAAGCUGCAGCAGUGUCUUUUAAAUAAUCGAUAAAUGUGCCAAAUUAUUUUUUUAAUUGUUUGAUCAAAGAGAUGUUGUAAAACUAAAUUUUAAAAAAAGAAAUGUCAUGGCAGUGUCCUGUAACCUGAGACACAACACAAACAGAUUCAGUUCACAAAGAUAUGAAACGGUUGGGUUUAAAAACUGUCUGAUAAAUGUUCUUUGACGCAGACUGAUGUGGCGACGAUGCCGAAUGCUGACUGUUGUCUUGUAGCUGCAGCAGCUUCCUGUAAAUGUUUGUAUGAUGAUGUUCUGUAAGCUGAUUGGUCGGUCUGGAACAUGUGGGGUUAAUGUUUGUACUGCAUCAUGUGAUCAGAACCUGGACCUGAACAGACGGUGAAUGUUGGAGAUAUUUUUAUGAAUAUUUUCCUGCAGAUCGUGUUUGAUUAGAAGACGUUUGACGUAAUUCCAUCAUGACUCCUACAGAACAGAUGUUGUUGUCUUGGUGCUGAUGUACAGAAGACUUCUCAGUGACACUGUUGAUGAAGGUCAUGUCUGUAAUGCAUCAUAAGCACAUUCUUAAGACAUAAUGCAUACACAAGUCUUUAUAAAAGUCUUUAUAAAUGUUUAUAAUCAUGCAUAAAAACUUAUAACAAGGUUUAUAAAGUGUCAUAAUUUUGAAAUGGAGGUAUAACACAUUAUACUUUUAACACUUUAUGUCCACUGCUGAUAAUAAAAAGUUUUCAUGCAUGUUUAUAAACAUUUAUAAAUAGUUUUAUAAAGCCUUAUGUGUUUAUUAUAAUGUCCUCUGAAUGUGCUUGUACCGCAUUAGAGACGUGACCUUCACAGAAAGUGUUGCAGACUUUUCUUUUAAUCGUUAAUAAAAUAUAAAACAUCU